AUGCACAGUAAUUCAGAACUAAACAAUCGAUCCAAACAAUUCGGCCUCUUAUCUCCCCCACCAACACCAACACGCACACCGUCUGAACCCGGAACACCAAGCAAAGACAAGGAUCACACAUCGUCACUCCUGCCUGCUCCUCAUCACACACCAAAAACCAAAAAACGUGCAUCGCUCCAGCUAUGGAUGUUAUUCGUCGCAGUUUCAACUAUAUCGCUGAUGCUAAUUGUUUGGAUGUGGGCAACAUUAGGCGAUGAUGUGAUUGUGCAUGGUGGCAAUCCGAAGCUUGAUGGGUUGGUUUAUUGUGAUGCUGUUAAUGAUGGGAGGUGGACGAGUAGUAGGAAUGGGGUUAUACCUGUUGGAACGAGGCUGUUUGUAGGUGCUGAGCAGUUUAUUCCCAGUAGCGAGAGAGUGUUUACAAAGGAUAUGACGCCUUUUGAACGUGUAAAAGCUUCAGACCUUCCUGAACGGUACUUCCCAGGUGGCGGACACAUAGACACACGAUUCGGCGUAGAGCCUCACAAACCAACCGACUACUCAAACUCGUCAGACCCACAAGAAGCCCCAGAAUCAGUAAAGCAAGCACAAGUCAAAAAAUACCAAAUAAAAAUUGGCAAAACAGUGGUAUCCGAUGAACCAGCUGACAUCGUGUCCGCUCGUGUUCAGCAAAUGAAGGGACUACUAGCGGCAUGGGCAGCAUUCGCAGAUUCAGAGAGGCUGAUCUAUUGGAUUGCGCAUGGUGCGCUUAUCGGCUGGGCAUGGGGCGGAUCGAUAAUGCCGUUUGAUGAUGAUUUAGAUGUACAGAUUACGGAACGGGGGCUGGCUUACUUGUUUAUGUAUAAGAAUGGGAGUUAUACAGGGGAGGGGAAUCGGUAUCUUUUAGAUAUCAAUGCAAACUGGCAAACGAGGUCAUAUCAGCGACAAAACAUCAUAGAUGCUCGGUUCAUCGAUACACAUACAGGUCGAUUUAUAGAUAUAACAGCCUUGUCAUGGACGGCUUCAGCGCAACCGGGUAAAGCACCAGAUCGUUGGUCUAGAAUUCAGUGCAAGUCGCCACAUAAAUACAGCUUGGAGCAAAUCUUUCCUCUGAUACGGACUGAAUACGAAGGUAUACCUGUUUGGAGGCCUAAUUUGUGGAGGAGUGUACUGUCUCAAGAAUAUGGGCAACGAAUCUACACACUCCCACACUACCGAAACUAUGUAUAUUCAUAUUCCAAGGGACGUUUUGAUUUAGCAACAUGUGAACAACUUGAAGCUCGAUGGAUAAACCCAUAUACGAAGAAAAUCAGCUUUCGUACACAGAAAGCUACUUUAGAGUACACCAAAAAUGGAGAGUGUACAUUUAGUUUAAGUCUUCUUCGGUCACAGACGUGGGAUACGUUCGUGUAUCAUGCUAAAAAGGGUGUUGGGAAGGAGGAGAUGAUUGUUGUGAAGGAGGCACCUGGUGGACCUGUUACGACAUCUGAUGCAUAG